GCAUUCUGGGUGUUUCCUCUGCAGCUCCAUUGGCCCAGGCAGAGCUAUCAGGGAGGCUGCUGGCUAUGGACACCUGCUCAGAAGACCCCCACCUGGGCGGAGCCUCCUGGCUCCUGGGAUUCACCAGACUUCUCCUCGCCACCUGCCCCUGCCCUUCUGUCCCUCUCUGGGUUCAGCACCUUCUGCAGACCUGAGAGCUCUCCGGCCUUCCCCCGUCUUGAGUGGGCUUCCCGCUUGCUCAGGCUGAGGCUCACCAUCCAGCUUCUGGGCAGCUCUUCCCCUGCAGCCUGAGAGCUGAGCCUCCUCUCUCCCGGGUUCCCCCUUUUCCAGCAGGUGCUGGUUGACCCUCAGCUCUCCCCAUGUCUCUGUCCUGCCAAAGCCCGCCGAGUACUUGAGUCCCCUCUCCCAGGACAAGAGCUGGGGGUGAGACCCCAGAACUGCUUGGACCCCUCUGAGCAGACAGCGGUGCUGGCAGGGAGGAGCUCUGUGCAGGGAAGGGCAGGGAGGGCAGGAGAUGGGCAGGGCAGAGCAGGUGGAGAGGGAAGCCGGCUCCUGGUCUGGCUCUGCACUGUGUGACCCAGGACAAGAUCCCCCCUGAGUGAGUCCCUUCUCUGUGAAAGGUCCCCUCGAAGCCCUCCAACUGUGACAUCCUGGGAUUGGGGGUGUCCACCUGGAGGGGACUGACCUGUGGCUUCUCCCAGGCCUCUGCUCUGUGUCUCCCUUCUGUCCUGUCCUUGUCCUGCAUCCUGACAGGGACUGACGGUGGGGAGCCUGUUUGGGGCCCUUAAGAGCCCAGAGCCCUGGCCUCUCGUUGUCACGUCCAUGAACCUCCAAGGAGGGAGGAGAUGCUCUCUCCAAGGCUUCCCUGCAAUGCCCUGGCCCUCAGCAGGCUCCGUCUCUGCUGCCGAGAGGGGACUGCAGAGCCCCCGCUGCAGGACCCCAGGUCUUACCCCGGUGUGUGGGCCCCGGUCUGCGGGCCCACUCAGGACCACGAGCUGCAGCGGGGAGCCGCCGAGAUGCGCUGGCGAACAGCCUGGCCUGGGCCGGGCAGCUGCUGCCCGAGCUCCGCAGAAACGCCCGCUCCUGUCGCCCUGUUCCCCUGGGGCGGACCCCUCUGACCCACGCAGGGGCACUGAGAGGAACGGCGUGGGCUCGGAAUUCCUGGGGAGCAGCCCGCGGGCAGGGGCCGCCAUGGGGAUGGAUCUGCGGUCCCUCGGAAGCCCCAGGCACAGUUCCCACUGUUGGAACAAGGGCCGGUUCUCUGACUCGGGGUUUGCGUACUGUGGGUUCCAGACUCUGCGUAUUUCCACACGAGACGAGCCCUGGCUGCGGGGACUGGGGUGGGGACUUGGGUGUGACGGGACACUGUGGUUCUGUGCAUUAAUUCAUGAGGAAGGCCAGUCGCAGGAAGAGUCAGUCCACCCUUCACGGGCCACCAGGAACCCCGAUCGACAUACGCGGAUGUCCUGUGUGUGCACAGGUCUAGCGUGUCUGCGGCUGCAUGGAGAGGUCGCACAUCUUCAUGGCGCUGACUUUUGGGAGGGGGCGCCCCUCGAACUUCUGCUGGAAUCAACCCCAGAAUCCGUAGGAGAGCUUUGGAUGACAGAACACUUCACAAUCCCGAGACGACUCGCCGGGGGAGGGGACAUCCCCACACCGAGUCCCAGGCACGAGACACCACUCUGCACAGCAGCUCAGGGUUCUCAGCCACCUGGUGAUGGGGGACGUGACAGGGACCAUGGAAGCCAGCUGCUCUGGACACGGCCAGGAGAGUCCUCUCGCUCAGGAAGGCCCCGGCCAGACUUUACUCCCGUGGCCACCUAUGGGAUCCCAGCAUGGGUGUCUCUGUCCCGGGGCCCAUCCCUGAGCCCACGGGGAGCCCCCGACAGGGGCAGCUGGGGAGAGACAUGGACUCCAUCCUGGCACCUGGGAAGGCCGGCUGAUCCCAGGUGUGCUCGGUCAAGAAUCAUCAUCGUGGUCAUGAGAGCAGCUCACACGAUGGGAACGCCUUCCUCUCCUGACAUCCUAGCACGCAUUCUGGGAGGGCUGCACGGCUACUGUGUCCCCGUCCCAGAGGAAGGCUGGAGGCAAGGAGGUCACUGCUCCCGUCCACGGGCUCAAGGGAACGGAGGACCUGGUCUCAAGCCUCCCGGACCCUCCCGUCCAGGGUGCCGACCGUCCUGCUGCAGUAGACCUCCCGGUCUGAGACCCAAGCACGUUCCCUGUGCGUCCGACUCACACAGGACGCUGAAGCCAAGAAGGUUCUAGAAGGAAACGAGAGAGACUUAGGAGCACAUUUGAUUGGGGGGUGAUCUUUUCAUGCCAGAGAUAAACCAGUAAGCCUUAAAUGAUCCAUACGUUUAGCUUCAUGAGGACAAUAGCAGGGCCAUGAGUCCAAGACAAUGGUGAAACACAAAAUGGAAACUAUUUAUAUAAACUACGAUAGAAAACAGGCUAAUCUUCUUAAAAUAGGCCUAGCUCCUGAAUUCUAAUAAAAAAACAGAAUCAUGGGGAGAGGACAUGAGCAGACAGCUCACAGAGGCCAGAAAAGGAGAUCAACAGUCACAGGAUAUGAUGACCGGGCUCGUGUGCAGGAGAAAUGCUCCUUAGAAUAUGACGUGAUAGGGGCGCCUGGGCGGCUCAGUCGUUAAGCUUCUGCCUUCGGCUCAGGGCCUGAUCCCAGGGUCCUGGGAUCGAGCCCCGCAUCAAGCUUCUCCACUGGGAGCCUGCUUCUCCCUCUCCCACUCCCCCUGCUUGUGUUGCUCUCUCACUGGCUGUCUCUCUCUCUGUCAAAUAAAUAAAUAAAACUUUUAAAAAAGACAAAAGAAUAUGAUGUGAUAUAAUUUUCCCUUAUCAGUUUGGCAAAGGGCAACAAGUUCGGUCACCAUGUGCUGGUGGGAGCUCAACAUUAUUGGGAGAACAGCUGGGGUCACAGUCAGGGGGCGGUGAGGGAGGUCUGUCGAAGUUGAGAUGGACCUGCCCUUGGUCUGUUAGACCCACCCAGUGAGUUGUCCCAGUGUCUCUACACCCACGUGUGCUGUCCACAGAACCGUGUGUGACGCAUGUACACGCACAU